GCUGCCCUCCCGGAAGAGGCGGGACGCAGGGGCGAGAGCAGCCAAUGGACGGUCGGGAAGCGCGAGUCGGCCUCGGUCCCGGAGGCGGGGCGCCUUCCGCAGUCAUGGAGCGAGCUGAAGGCUGCAGCACAGAGCUUGCCAAGGCCAUCCGACCCAUUGACCGGAAGUCAGUCCAUCAGAUUUGCUCUGGGCAGGUGGUACUGAGCCUCAGCACGGCCGUGAAGGAGCUGAUAGAAAACAGCGUGGACGCAGGCGCCACAAACAUCGAGCUAAGACUGAAAGACUACGGGGUGGAUCUCAUUGAAGUUUCAGACAACGGAUGUGGAGUGGAAGAAGAAAACUUCGAAGGCCUGACCCUGAAGCACCACACUUCUAAGAUUCAAGACUUCGCUGACCUCACACACGUCACGACCUUCGGCUUCCGGGGGGAAGCUCUGAGCUCGCUCUGCGCCCUGAGUGACGUGAGCAUCUCCACCUGCCACUCGUCGACACAGGUUGGCACCCGCCUGGUAUUUGACCACAAUGGGAAAAUCCUCCAGAAAACGCCCUGUCCACGACCCCGAGGGACCACAGUCAGCGUGCAGCAACUGUUCUAUCCGCUGCCUGUGCGCCACAAGGAAUUUCAGAGGAAUAUUAAGAAGGAGUAUGCCAAAAUGGUCCAGGUCCUCCACGCAUACUGCAUCAUUUCAACGGGCAUCCGUGUCAGCUGCACCAACCAGCUGGGACAAGGCAAGCGACAGCCUGUGGCGUGCACCAGUGGCAGCUCCAGCGUGAAGGAGAACAUCGCGUCUGUGUUUGGGCAGAAGCAGUUACAAAGCCUCCUGCCCUUCGUGCAGCUGCCCCCCAGCGACCCCGUCUGUGAGGAGUACGGCCUCAGUUGCUCUGAGACGCUGCACAACCUCUUCCAUAUCUCAGGUUUCAUAUCCCAGUGCACCCACGGUGCUGGAAGGAGCUCAACCGACAGACAGUUUUUCUUCAUCAAUCGACGGCCUUGUGACCCAGCCAAGGUCUCCAGGCUCGUGAACGAGGUGUACCACAUGUACAACCGGCACCAGCAUCCGUUCGUCGUUCUGAACAUUGCUGUUGACGCAGAAUGUGUCGACGUGAAUGUGACCCCAGACAAAAGACAGAUCUUACUGCAAGAGGAGAAGCUUCUGUUGGCCAUUUUGAAGACCUCUCUGAUGGGGAUGUUUGACAGAGACGUGAACAAACUCAGUGUCAGCCAGCAGCCUCUGUUGGAUAUGGAAGGCAACUUCAUAAAAGCACACACGGUGGACGUGGAGAGACCUGGCCCAGAGAAGCAGGCCAGCUGCCCCUCGGCCAGCACCCCGGGCGGGGAGCAGAGGAGGGCAGUGUCUGUCUCCAGGCUGAGAGAGGCCUUCUCGCUCCGUCCGGCAUCUCAGAGCCCAGAGCCUCCUGCGCCUGGGCGGGUCUCCCCACCGCGUGGCAGGACAGUGACGUCAUCCAGGGCCUCAGGCCGCGGCCCUCUCCCUGGCUCUGUCGCUCUCAGAGGCGAGCAGGACCCUCGGGUGGAGGCCGUGAGUCGCAGCAAGAGUGCCUGUGACCGCGUGGGUGAGGCAGGCAGGGAGGACGUCUUGGUGCCUAGCAGCACCCCAGCUGACUCGGGGGGCAGGCCCAGCAGCCCGGACCGUACAGCAAGUUCCCUGGAAGACGGACUCUUGCAGGAAACCGUGUCACAGCACGCAGAGGCCUCAGAGUCCCACGAGAAGUGCCACGAACAACGAAAACACCUCCGAGUCCCAUCUGCACCUGCUGGCCUCUUGUCUCCAAGCGCCAAGCGUGGGAAGCUGGACGGUGCUCCCCUCUGCAGGGGCCCGCAGGACGGACCGGUGGCUCAGCCUGACGUGGCCGUGAGCAUCCGGAAGCGUGUCGUGCCCCUCGACUUCUCCAUGAGCUCCUUGGCUAAGCGGGUGAGGCGCUUGCUGCAGCAGGAACCGUCGAGCCGAGGCGAAGCCGGCUACCGGAGGUUCCGCGCCAGGAUCUGCCCCGGGGAGAACCAGGCUGCCGAGGAGGAGCUGAGGAAGGAGAUCAGUAAAACGAUGUUCGCGGAGAUGGAAAUCAUCGGUCAGUUCAACUUGGGGUUCAUCAUCACCAAACUGCAAGAGGACCUCUUCAUAGUGGACCAGCACGCCACAGACGAGAAGUACAACUUCGAAAUGCUGCAGCAGCACACGGUGCUCCAGGGCCAGCGGCUCAUAGCGCCGCAGCCCCUGCACCUGACCGCUGUCAACGAGGCCAUUCUCCUGGAGAACCUGGAGGUCUUCCGCAAGAACGGCUUUGAGUUCGUGAUCGAUGAAGGCGCUCCGGUCACCCAAAGGGCUAAGCUGGUGUCUCUGCCGACCAGUAAGAACUGGACCUUUGGGCCGCAGGACAUAGAUGAGCUGCUCUUCAUGCUGAGCGACAGCCCUGGAGUCAUGUGUCGGCCGUCGCGCGUCCGCCAGAUGUUUGCCUCCAGAGCCUGCCGCAAGUCUGUGAUGAUUGGCACCGCGCUGAGCCCCAGCGAGAUGAAGCAGCUGGUCACCCGCAUGGGGCAGAUGGAGCACCCCUGGAACUGUCCCCACGGAAGGCCCACGCUGCGGCACGUCGCCAACCUAGCCAUCCUUUCUCAGCAGUGACCCCUGCAUCUUGUCCCAUUGUGGGGAGUCUGCUGUCGGAGUAGGCAGGUUCCCGCUGGCCUUUGUUCUGUCUGAACUCUAACCUGUACCUCGACGUCCCUCCGCCACCUCAGAGUGGCUCGAGAAACUUCUCCUGGCACAGGGGCCUUGCUCACACAGAAUCCACUGUGCCUCUG